AUGGCAGUUUGCAGGUUUCGUUUGUCUUCGGCGUUUGGGUCCUUCAGGCAUCUGCCGCUGCGCGUUUUUCUGCUGCUGUUUUGCUGCUGCUCAUUUUUCAUUUAUUUCUUUUUUCUUUUGGAGUCCCCUUUGGGCCCCCUGAGCGAGCUGCGGCUGCGCGCAGCAGACACAGCAGCAGCACCAGCAGCAGCAGCAGCAGCAAGCAGCAGCGAGGGAGGUCAGCUGCAGCAAAGUCUUAAAAUUGAACAAACAAAUCAGCAGCAAUUCGAAAAUCCCAACACAGAAGGACACAGCCGUUUGCUGCUGCCUGCUGCUACGCAGCUGCCGCCUCUUCAGGCCCUGCAGCGAAUCACAAAUGGCCAGCAGCAGCAGCAGCAGCAGCAGUUGCUGCUGCUGCAGGGGGAGCAGGAGCUUCUUGCCGAGUACGGGGACCCGGCAGCAGCAGCAGCAGCAGCAGCGGCAGCAGCAGCAGCAGCAGCAGCAGAGACAGCAGCAGAAGUUUUGUUUCCAUUUCCUUCUCGCGGCUUCGCCUCGCCGCAAUUUGCCUUCAACCCGAUGCAGCCACUUAGCGCGCCGCUAUCUUUGCUGCAGCUGCGGCAGCAGCAGCAGCAGCAGCUGCUGCUGCGGCAGCAGCAGCAGCCCGAGCAGCUCAGCGCGGCGCCCCCAGUCGAACUCUACGCUGUCCACCCCUCGUGCGUCUCCCUGAUCAAGUACCCUUCCUUCAGCAGCCAGCAGCAGCAGCAGCAGCAGCAGCAGCAGCAGGAGCGCAGCAGGCCGCACUGGGGGCUGCCGUUUGUGCAGGGCCUGGAAGCAGCAGCAGCAGAUUUGCUGCUGCAGACCUCCGGGUUGUACGGGCGUUCGUACAUAAGGGAAAUGGCGCUGCAGCAAAGAGAGAAGCAAAAAGAAAGUUUUGGAUUUAAUUUGGAAUUAAAAAGAGUCUUUUAUCUCUUUCAAGACCACUUCGCAGAAGGUGCUGCUGCUUUCUUUUCCCUCGUGCUGCAGCGGCUGCUGCUGCUGCUGCUGACCUGGGAGAGCGAAAGGCUGUACUACCACGACAGAGGGCGGCGCGUGGCGAACGGCGUGGCGAUCGCAAUUGACGAACCUGCUGCCCCAGAAGCAGCUUCUGCUGCUGCUGCACCUGCUGCUGCUGCUGCUGCUGCUGCACCUGCUGCUGCUGCUGCUUCAAAUACAUCCUUGCGUUUAUUUAUAACUGGCAAAGAAUGGCCAGCAAUUGCCUUAGUAAAGUUAAGGCGAAUAUACCAAAACGAAGAUAUCGAAUUCGGGAGAACGGGGGGCCCCUGGGGGGGCCCCUGGGGGCCCCCCUUGGGGGCCCCUGGGGGGCCCCACUGUCCUGAAAAUGAAGAAGACCCGAAAAAGAAAAAAGCAUUUAUGCACGUUAAGUCCUUUAAGGAGUUGAGGAGGAAGCUGCCGAACUUCCUUGCCACGCAGAGAAUGAGGUGGUAG